UCUGAAAAGCCACCACCCGGCACCUCAGGGGAGAGGGGUCCCCGGCGCUCACAGCCCCGGCAAGGAGAAGGCCAGGGGGCAGCUUUCCUGAGCCUUGGUGCUCUGGAUCCAGAGGACUGAAUCCAAUGCAGAAGCCCACUCCUAGCAGGUAUGUGCUGGCGCUCAUGAGGAUGGACACAGCACGCCAUGCCCCAGGAUGGCCACUUGGUGGAGCCCAAGGCCUCUUAUUACAUCAAAGUGCCCUGGGAAAAUUUGGUCGGAAUUUUACAGAAAUACUGGUGGGCGUUUCGUCGGCUGCUGUCAUCUGUCGUGGUGGCCAGGAGAGCUGUGGCUGGCAGGGGCCCGAGUCCACCUGCAGGACCACGGGCACUUUCACAGCCCACCUGCAGCACAUGUGGCCACCUGCUCUCCUCCCCAGAGAGUUAGCAACUAAAACCAGAUGUACAACAGUGAGGACUCUACCAGCUCACGCUUCCUCUGCUGGCCUCAGGCUGAUGCUGUCCCCGGGUGUCCAGGGGCAGCUCUGCCAGCCUUGCUCACACCUUGGGGGAUGCUGUUGAGGACAUUUCUGGACUUCCAGGUGCCUGUGGCCAUUUCUACAGCCUUCCAAGCAUCUUUAGCUCCCUCCUGUGCAGAGGCAGAUGAGUGCACGAGGGAUACAAGUCCUUGACGGGGGACGGUAAAGAUGGUGUCCUGGGGCCCCGCAUCCUGUUCCUCUCCUGGCAACCUACCCUCUGCCCCGGCACAACCCGGCUACAGGCGUGACAGUACACACUCACACAAACGGAACUAUGUGCAUGCACGGGCACACUCACGCUCACUCUCACAUGUGUGCACACUCGGGCACAGGCGCUCACAGGCACGCUUAUGCACACACACGCCACGUGAUCCAGCAGCGGCUGCAGCUGGCCUCCCCACCCCACAUGGGACAGGAAGCCCAAGGGCCAGCAGUGAGAGCCAGAAGGAGUCCCCGGGGGCUCAUGGCACAGCAAGCCAUUGCACCCGGUCCCCGCUGCCCCCAGCCCCCCCUGGCCUGUCCAUCAUCUGGGCGUAUGAUCCCAUGACCAGCAGACCAUCCUCCAGCUGCCCCAUGAGCAGCCACGUGCUUCUCCCACCGGCGGCCUGCACCUGUGAUGACUCCGAGUUCUCGGCCAGCAUAAUCCUUUUAGUCUCGCCAGCUAAGCAGCUCGGCCUCCUUACGUUGGUAAGGAGCUGGGCCAAGCCGGAUACAUGGCCUCUGCUCCGCAGGGCUUUCAUGGGCUCCCGUGGCCACAGAGGGCAGGGCUCAGAGGACCGACCCUUGAAGCAUGUCCUCUCCCUGGCUCAGCACAACCCCGGUCAGGUCCUGGCCUCUCCCAGCCCCUCGCAGGUCACAUGGAGCCUGGAGUCCUGGCAUUGGGAGUGGGCACCAGCAUGAGGCCAGCACCAGGGCCAGCCACACAGAGUAGCCAGCCCAAAGCAGGGCAAGGCCAGCCUCAGCUGUCCCAUGUCCAGCUGCUGUGCCCCAAAGUGCCCCAGAGGCCCGGGUUGCCCCAGAGCCCACCUCCACACAGAGACCCAUAAAGCAACGCAGUCACUCAGGGUGGGGGUUGGGACUGAGGGCCCGAGGCCCCCCAGGAAGCUCUACAGCCCUCAACUUGGGGAUCCCAGCCCCCAGGGGAAGCGGGGCCUCUCCAGAAGAGGGGUGCCACCCCCACUCCUACCAACGGCCUGUGGUGCUGAGGCUGCAGGGCCCUCAGCCCUGUGAGCCCACUGGAGCCCCGGAUGUGCCCAGGCCACCACAAAGGCCUCUCAGUCCAGGAGCCAAGUGGCCCUGGAGGCCUGGCCCAGAGCCCCUGUCAAGACCUUUUCAGAGGAAGCAGCUCAUGGCCCAGGGCUGGCAGCGACCGUCUCCAAACUCCCGUUGUGCAAACACGCUGGUUCCGGUGGAUGGUGCAAGGAGGGGGCGAGGCAGCAGGGGGCUGUUCCCUCUGGCCCUGGCCCUGGCCCUGGCCCUGGAGCAGUAUAUAUGCAACAGAGCAGGGCUGUCCACACCGCAUCCAGCAAUCUGUGUCCCGAACGGAACAGCCACACAGGGCCAUGACGCUGCUGCUGCUCAGCCUCUGGCUGGGCCUCGCCUGGGCCCAGCAGGACCAAAGCCUGGUGCCUGUGCAACCCGGCUUCCACCCUGAACAGGUGGAGGGGCCCUGGCACACCGUCAAGCUCGGCGCCACCGACCCGUCUGUUAUUGAGGAAGGAGGCUCCUACCUGUGUUCCAUGUCUGGCAUCAAACUCCUGGAGGACGGAGACCUGAACAUCACCUACUUCCACAGGAAAGAUGGAAAGUGCGUGCAGGAAUUCUACAUUGGGAAGAAGACCAACACGCCCGGCCGCUACACUUUUGAGUACGAAGGUAAAAACUUCCUCACCUUCGUGGCUGUGGGCGAUGGCUUCCUCAUCAUGGACCUGGAGAAGCGCCGUGAAGCGGGUGCUCUCAUCGUGGUGGAGCUCCACGGCAGGACCUUCCUGGUGAACGAGGUGGGGCAGGAGGCGUACAGGAAGCACACGCUCAGGAGAGGUAUCCAGCCAGACAACAUUGUGGAACUGUCUGCUCACGCAAGAUGCACCUCCCUGGGGUCCUAGGGCUCCUUGUGUGCAGCCCAGAGCCAGCGUUCCUGUGGCCCCGUUUCUGGAUGCCUCCUGACCUGCGCCCUUCCCCCCCCCCCUACAAUAAACCAGUCCUGCAUCUGUCUGGG